AUGGUACAAGAGCAACACGACACAGCCAUGUCUGCAGACGAAGCAUCUAAAUCCACACCUACAUCCACCACACCUACAUCCACCACCACUGCAGCAGCUGCCACGGCAGCUGCUGCUCCAAAGCCUCCUACUUCCAACGUCUUCUCCAUGUUUGGUGGCGCCUCUACGAAGAAGGACGCCGACAAGAAGCCAGAGGACGAUGAAGCCAAGAGUGGAGAAUCCGAGCAAGACAAGAAACAAGAAGAGGAAGCUGCAGACGAGGAGGAGCCAGAUGUUCAUUUUGAGCCGCUCGUCAAGCUCGAGAAGGUUGAGGUUAAGACCAACGAGGAAAACGAAGAUGUUAUUUUCAAAAUCAGGGCAAAACUCUUCAAGUUCCAUCCGGAUGCCAAGGAAUGGAAGGAGAGAGGUACUGGUGACGUCAAGUUCUUAAAGCACAAGGAAACAAACAAGGUCAGACUCUUGAUGAGAAGAGACAAGACUUUGAAAGUAUGUGCAAACCACAUCAUUGCUCCAGAGUACGUUUUGAAACCAAACGUUGGUUCCGAUAGAUCAUGGGUUUACUCUGUCACUGCCGAUGUCUCCGAAGGUGCUCCAGAGGCGCAAACACUUGCCAUUAGAUUUGGUAACAAGGAAAAUGCCGAGAAAUUCAAGCAAGAGUUUGAAGCUGCCCAAGAGGUCAACAAGAAAAACUGA